AUGGUGCUUGUGUCCAAUGUCGUCUGCUUCGAAGCACCUGUGAUAGACUUGCAAAUAUUAGACAAUGGCAUCUACAUAUCCUUACCAGUUUCAGCCACAGCCUCCUCCACUCCCAGAACAACAGGGGGUAAGCGAGGACCGUCAGGGCCACUGAUAGUGUCUUCUUCUAGCGAGGAUGAAGAAAGUGACACAAAUGAGUGUUUGCAUCCUGCCUUACAGCAGCAAAGUAACGUCAGAACAGAUCUGCUUCCUCGGAAUGGUCACAUUUUACCACCUGCAUGCCUGCGAAGCACAGUUGGAAUAGACAGGCUUACUUCCCAGCUUCCCAGUCCACGAAAAGACUCAAACACAGCAUGUGGAACUGAAAUCUCAACUUCAGAGACAGAAGUGGAAACAGUUUUGUCAUCUAAUCCCACGGCAGAGGCACACACUCCCUCUUUGAACUUUGCUCAUGAGCAUGAUCAUGACUAUGACAAUGUGACUUCUCCAAGCAGCAGUACUUCUAGUGGACCGAUCUAUGUACGGCCUCCAGGCUUUAAGACUCAUGCGCAGCAGGUUGAGUGCAUACGAAGUAAACUUGCACGAAAAAAAAGUCGGCCUCCUGCUGUGAUAACUGUAAAAGAUGAACUGAAACAUCGAGAAGAAACACCCCUAAGGCGAAAACACGAAGAGGUGAAGUACAGAUCCACUCCAAUGAAACUGAGAGCUUUGCCUCAGUCCUUUUGGCAGCAGCCAAACCUGGCACAGCAGGUUUCCCCAGCAACCAUGUACCCACUUCUCCCACCUCUGUGUAACAAAGACACAGAAGAAGAUAUUGCAGAAGUGCGGCCAGUAACACCCCCAAAUGAGAGUGGUGCUGAAACAAAGAGGUUGGCACCUGAACGAAAGAUUAGUGUGGCCAACACAGACCUACUCUUUAAGCUUUUCGAAAAUAUCAGUGAUGAAAAGAAGACUGCCACUGUGCAUCUCAAGAGGGGAAGGCCUAGGAGGAUGCCGAUCAAGAGCUGCACAAAAGGUCUUCUCUUUGGAAAUGAUCCCUAUCUUGUGGAUGCUAUAGCAGACACCUUGUUUCCACAGUUGUCAAUCGAGAGCUCGAGGUUUGGUGGUAACACAUCUCUACAACUGGUCACGUUAGGCACUGGCGACAAAACUGUCACGCUUCCAUCACUGACUUUGGAGCAAAACUAUCCACAGAUGUUGUCUGAGCUUGUUACACACAUAUAGUGUCUACAGUGAAUUGAAAGACGUCAAGUACCAGUGUCCACCUUUAAUCCAUAGAUUCAUCCUGGUAUAUUCUGAAUUGACAGAAUGGCUCUCUUGUUACCAGAAAGAUGUUUCUGCAUCCUCAAAGGAGGAGGAAAACUGAUACAGCCAGUGUAAAUUCUCGUAGCACCUUAACCUGAAGUAUUAUUUUUGUUUGGCUAGCAUUGUAAAUCCUCAUGACAUGGUCACAUCCUCCGACUUAGUCUUCAGUUAUGCUUACUUUUGAACAGUCAGCAGCUUCUUACCAUAAUAACAAAAGUGAAUAAUGUCUUAAAUAACAUUCUUUCAGUCUGUAUCAUACAACAGUAAAGAAUUAAUUUACCAAACACAGUUGUAUGGGCAAAAACAUUUUCCUCUUUUGAACCAUGGCCAUGAAUUUACCAUUAGAUUUAUAAAGUAAACCUCAUAAUGUGUAAAAUCACAGGACUGGUAUCAUUUAAAAAUGUGUUUGUUUUUUAUGAAGCUUUUUGAUAUUAUUUCCUUAUGUUGCAAAAGGAGUGAGAUAUGUCAGUGCUUGUUAAUUUAUCACAGGCUUUCUGGAAUGUGAGACCUAUUUCAGAGUAGGUGUCAGUUACAAGGAAAAAAGAAUUUAUGGUUUUCAGGGACAGGGACAAAAUGAUUUAAGACAUGUGUACAUUAAAUUAAAAUUUAACACAGAGAUGAAGACUACAGCAUGUUUUUGAGACUAUUAUAGAAUACAAAAACUGGAUACCUCAGGAUGAACAGGUAAGGUGAAUUUCUAGACUGCAGUUUUGUAGCCAAGGAAAUGUCUGGAGCUGGUUAUUGCAGAAUAGAGAGGUACUGAUGAAAACAUCACAUAUAUAUGUUAAUCUGUGAUGCAUUAAGUAUAUUUAUGUUAUAUAUUUAAUAUGGAUAUUGACUGAGAUUAUACAAUUUUGUCUUAAAAGUUAAACUUCAUGGUAUUUACAACACGUGUCUGUGUGACUGUGCUUCAGAGAUUCCUGAUGUUUGCUGUUCAGCAAUAAACAAAUGUAUUUUUCUUUUGAUUAAUUGAAGUUAUUUUUUUUUUCUUUUGGGAGGUGGUCAUUGGAUUUCAGGGUUUCUACAUGUUGACACUUUUAACUCUUAUACUUAUAGCACGACAAGCCAAAAUCAUGGCUUUGCCGGGGAAGCCUGGGGAAGGCAAUUUUUGUUACAUUUAUUGCAAAUUUUAAGCUUUCUCCUUUCCAAAAAUGUAUAGGUUUCUUGGUCUAAUAUGUUUACCUGAACAGCAAUAAUAAAAAACAAACAUCACCUACUGUUGUCUUCACAGUCUUUAGUUAUUAAACAGUUUUUAUAAUACUUAUACUUUUAUGCCGUGCUAAGAGGGUUAAGAAGAAUCUGUUGUCCUUUUAAAGUACUAAAAGAUAGGUCAUCAGGUUGAUUUGUAAAAAUCUGUAGUUAAAUCAGAGAACCUUAGCCUUAGCCACUGGUCUAGUCUGAGAGUAUCAUAUUUAUACUUAACUGUUGCUGUUGUUUUUAACUGAAAGAAAUGUUUUGCCAUUUGUUGUUUUAUAAUGACUUAAUUUUCUCAACUGUUCUUAACGUUUUUAGGAUUGAAUGUGGAUUCCAUGUUUCUUCCUUGCUCACCAGAUAAUGUUACUAUCUACAUAAAUAUUAAAUAUUGUUUAAAAAUAAUUUAAUGUGUUUUAAACCAUCAGUUAAGUGUAAACCAAACUGUGGCAUUACUGUUGAAGUAUCUGUGAUUACAGAAAAUGUCAUGUUAGUCAUCAUUAUCAUUACAGUAUUGUAUCCCUUGUUAAAGACAUGUUGAUGCCCCCACCCUUGUGUGUCACCUUGAAGUGAAUCUUCCAUGGCAGAUACAUCUUAAGAGUUGUAGGAGUAUGACUGCCUUAUUUACUAAUAAAAUUAAGUUUUAAAAUGUUGAUCAUGCUUAAAGCGCUCAUGCUGGUGUUGUUAGCUAGACCUUUGAUUAACAUCCACUUAUUUAUGCAACAUUAUUGCAGUUUGAGCUACAGCUUUCAGCUGUUGUCUAAACUGGUCAGUAUAUAAAUUUUGAAGCUUGUGUGUCAGUCCCUUUUCUUGCCACUCUCUUCACUAGUAAUGUAUCCUGUACAAUAUUUAUGGUUUCCCCAUCUUUUCAUAUUCUUAAAAAACUAUUAGGCAAAUACCUAUUUUCUUGAUUGCUGUUGAAUGAGGGGAAAUAUAUUGCUUUUACUUUUCUUUCCUAAUGGUUGUCUUAUUGAUUCUUCGAUCACAUGAUAUACUAAUUAUCUUUUUUUUCAAGUUGAAAUGACUAGUAAACACAUUCCAGAAGUUCAGGAAAAUAUGUAAAUGUAUUUGUUAACAUAUUUAGUUAUGAUUAAGGCACUUUAUUAUUCAGGUGUAACCAUGCAGCCAUUAAGAUCUAUUUCCGACAUCUAUCUUACUUUGUCUAUUUUGAGUACUUUUUUUUAAAAAACAGGUGGUCAUUUUUAAUCACCCAGAUGAUUUUACAGAAACAUAUUAGUGUGAACACUUUGACCAGUCAUUUUUUGUUCACAUAAAUGCCGUCCAUUUCUUUUAUAUUUUUCUAUUGAUUGCUGCUUUUAGCAGAUUUUAUUUCUGUAUCUCAUGAAAAUGUGUGUUGUUUUGAUUUGAUAUAAGCUCUGCAUAUUAUUAAGUGUAAAAUAUAAAAACAAAUUCAGCUGUGAUAAUUUGAGAAAUAUGUGUGUAUUUUACAUAUAGCCUUUGAAACUUUUUCCUUCCUGCUAUACUCUUUUUUUUUGGUUCUAAUCACAUUGAUGACGAUAAUUUAGAUCAUUCAUUUUUUGCAGUCCUGUUUAUAUAUUUAAAAUAUCAAAAGGAUUUUGUGUUACAAAAGAUAUCUUUGAUGACUUCACUUACCGCCAUAUGGCAGUCAAAUUAACAUUAGGUUGGGUUUGGAGCUGUUGUACACUGCAGCUUGUGUGGCAGCAUUUACCUUGUAAAAAAAAAAAAUUGAAAUCUUACAAACAGAUUUAUUUAGAUACCAGCCUGGCUCAGGUUUGAAAGUUAUGUUAUCUAUGGUGUUAGCCAGCUAUUGUAGUGCUAGACAUUACAUCUUGAAUUUCCCUGGGGGUCAAUAAAGUUGUAUUGUAUUGCAAGUAGUGGUGGGAAUAGGACCCACAUACCUUACUUGCUGGAUAUUUCCAGCUAUAUUAGCACAGCAUCACUAUUAGCUGAUGUCAGCACUGCUCUCCAUCAUACAUUUACCUAAUACAGUAAUGACAAAUGCAAUCUCAUUGACCAUGCAUGCAGGCCCCGCCACACACACACACUUUAUCUUGACUUUCCUUUGUCAUGCAUAAAGGGUCUAUAACAUAUCUGAGGUCUUUAGAUUUAAACCUUUAACAAAUUAUUGAUCACUGCUGUAUAUAAUACAUAGGCUUCAGAAAAUCAAUUGUGAGUUAUAUAAACCUCGACCUAACCUAAUUAAAGAAUUUACAUCAAGUCUUACGCAUGCUUGAGCACUGGUAUUUAGUGUUGAUGAUACUGCUACACUGACCUUCCCUCAGGUCUUUUCUUCCUGUUAAAUGAAGAUUAGGCCAUCGGGAAACAUAAGUCUGAUUCCUUUUUCUUUUUGGCCACCUUAUGACUUUGCCAUAGUUAAUGCAUGGGUAUAAGCCAAAGAAACAACACCCAGUGUUUGACAGGACAGUGAAAUGAUAUGAAACUUCAAGUUUAUCUGUUAACAGUAUGAAGAACUUGCCAUGCUUGAUUUAAAAGGAAGUUGUUGUUUAAUUGCAAAUAUUUCAUUUCGUGCAAAUUUUUGUGGUUGUUAUGGAAGGUUGUGUAUAAAGGUGAGCUAAUAAGGCAUACAAGAACAACAACUGCUGUGGGUCAGUGUAGCAGGUUCGUAAUUAUCUUCAACGCAGAAAUGAAUCAGAGGCCAUUUCGGUGGUGGUGGUGGGGGAAUCAAUAGUUUGUCCAUAUAAGUAUACCCUCUCUGCAAAACUUUUGAUUGUGGGCAGUGCAAAUACUUGUGUAGCAUGCCACAUAUGUGCUGAUCACUGUUGUCAUGAUACAAAUACUGCCAGCACAGGACUAGUCUAGUCAGGACAGUCUCAACUCUUUGCCUCACCACCCUUCAUCCAGCAUUUUUGGCUGAAGCUGGUAAAACCUGAAAUAAGUGCUCGCUGCAGCAGCUUCUGGAAAUUGAGGGGUGGAGGUAGUGAGGGAAUGAGAAGAGAUUGCACUUCCUGACUCUGACUUUUUAAUCCACUGUUUUUGCUAGAUUGUCCUGCAGGCAGCAAAGGUCAAAGGAUGUCAAACUUCUAUUCACACACUGUGCCUGAUAGAUUUGGAGACAAUAUGAUUCACCAUAGGGCAACCCAUCAACUCUUAAACAGAAAUCCUGAGCCAGCUUUUAGACAGCAUCACAUCGAUGUCUUGAAGUAAUCUCUUCACCCUGUCAUUUUAAAAGAACUUAAAUUUCUCAAAUCUAGUGUAAUAUUUUUGUAUUAAGAGAUGUUGAUUCAUAAGUAAUUUUGGUGCCUCUCUCUUUUUUUUAAGAGUAUAUAUAUUUCAGUCAUAAAUAUAACUUACAGAAAAAGUGCUAGUGAAUAAUGCUUGCCGUAAAACAAAAUCACAAUAUGCUCUUUACUGUGGCAGCAUUGUGUUAAUCGCCGUCCAAACACUGUGCAUUGUAAAUUAUUUUAUCAAUAGUAAGUGCUUUGUCAUCUUUAUAUGCCCUCCACAAUAAAAAUGUCAUCGCCUAUUGGCACCAUACUCAGCAUGCCACAGAUUUUCCAAUAUGUGGGUGCUCUUCAUGCGGGUAGAGCUUUGAUUUGGUGUCACCAAUGUUUAUUAAUAUUCUUCUUUCAGAUGCUUGUUGAUCUAACUUGGUGUCACUCUUUUUGUUUCCAGUGCCAUUCUUUGCAGUGUUACAGCUGUGUUUAUAGUGAUUCCACUGUUGAAGAUAUGAGUAUAACAUAACAAAUUAGCAAAUAUGUCAGCCAUUUAAUGUCUGGCUACUCAAACAAUCUGUACAUUGUAAUGGCUCAUGAAUAUGUCAGAAUUUACUGGAGUUACUUUUUCCCAAUUUGCUGUAUAGGAAAGUGUUUCAUGAUCUUGUUGGCAUUCUUAGACAAGAACAAAAAGUGAACAUAAUAGCCUAAUAGGAGAACACCUGAAAUCACUGUUGAAAAUAAACAUACUGUUUAUGGAAACUGC